GGGCGGUUAAGCAUCCAGAGGCUGGGUGGAAAGAACAUUCAGGGCAGACGCUAAUUGACAGAAUCACAGGAUAGGAAAUAAAGAUAAAGACUUGUUUCUAUAUUCACGUACGUUUCACGUUGCAAAGGGUCAGGACUCGGGACCCGUCGGGAACUCUUUGCUGUGCGCAUGCUUUGAAACAAACAGAAGUAGAAGAGAAAUGGGUGAUAAAUAAGCAGAAAAAUUUCUCUCUCUAUCCAUCUCUAUCACUUCCCAAAUUAGGAGUUUCUUGUCCUUUCUUUCUUUUUUAUCUAUUCAUUCUGGGUAGUUCAAGAACCGUGGAAAGUGUUCGUUCGGGUGCGUAGAAAGUUUAGGAAACCGCAAUGUCGAUACCGAAGGAGCCGGAGCAGGUGAUGAAGCUGAGAGGGGGAUCAGUGCUGGGUAAGAAGACCAUUCUCAAGAGCGACCAUUUUCCUGGCUGCCAGAACAAACGCUUGUCUCCCCAGAUCGACGGUGCUCCCAAUUAUCGUCAGGCCGACUCAUUACGUGUUCAUGGUGUUGCAAUACCAAUGAUUGAUGGAAUCCGCAAUGUUCUAAAGCAUAUUGGGGCUCAAGUAGAUGGCAAGCAAGCACAAGUUCUUUGGAUUAACCUUCGUGAGGAACCAGUAGUGUACAUCAAUGGGCGCCCCUUUGUUUUGCGUGAUGUGGAACAGCCCUUCUCCAACCUUGAGUAUACGGGAAUCAACAGGGCUAGAGUUGAACAAAUGGAAGCUCGAUUGAAAGACGAUAUCUUGAUGGAAGCUGCGAGAUACGGAAAUAAAAUCCUUGUCAAUGAUGAGCUACCAGAUGGUCAUAUGGUGGACCAGUGGGAACCGGUGUCUUGUGAUUCUGUAAAGACACCAUUGGAGGUGUACGAGGAACUGCAAGUAAAGGGGUUCCUUGUUGACUAUGAACGUGUUCCUGUAACUGAUGAAAAAUCACCAAAGGAGGCGGAUUUUGAUUGUUUGGUUCAUAAAAUUUCUCAAGCUGACAUAAACACAGAGAUCAUUUUCAACUGUCAAAUGGGACGUGGACGUACUACAACUGGGAUGGUGAUUGCAACUUUGAUAUAUUUUAACCGAAUUGGAGCUUCUGGUAUUCCAAGAACCAAUUCCGUUGGGACAGUUUGUGACUUGGGGCCUAAUGUUGUUGACCAUUUUCCAAAUUCAGAAGAGGCAAUUCGUAGAGGAGAAUAUGCAGUCAUAAGAAGCUUGAUCAGGGUAUUAGAGGGUGGUGUUGAAGGGAAAAGACAGGUGGAUAGAGUCAUUGACAAGUGUGCAUCAAUGCAGAACUUACGUGAAGCAAUUGCCACUUAUCGCAAUAGUAUUCUGCGUGAACCAGAUGAGAUGAAAAGGGAGGCGUCACUUUCAUUUUUUGUGGAAUACUUGGAAAGAUACUACUUUCUUAUAUGCUUUGCUGUAUAUAUUCAUUCAGAGAGAGAAUUUCUCCGUUCUAGUUCAUUUGGUCAUAGCACUUUUUCUGACUGGAUGAGAGCAAGGCCAGAACUGUAUAGCAUCAUUCGCAGAUUGCUCAGGAGAGAUCCAAUGGGAGCACUUGGAUAUGCAACUUUGAAGCCAUCACUGAUGAAGAUUGCUGAAUCUAAUGACAGCCGCCCUCGUGAGAUGGGUGUAGUUGCUGCCCUGAGAAAUGGAGAGGUCCUUGGGAGUCAAACUAUUCUAAAAAGUGACCAUUGUCCUGGUUGUCAAAACCAAAGUUUACCAGAGAGAGUGGAGGGUGCGCCUAAUUUUAGAGAAGUUCCUGGGUUCCCAGUUUAUGGGGUGGCAAAUCCAACAAUUGAUGGAAUUCGAUCAGUUAUUCAGAGGAUUGGCAGUUCUGAAGGUGGUCGCCCUGUUUUGUGGCACAACAUGAGAGAAGAACCUGUAAUUUACAUCAAUGGAAAACCAUUUGUACUUCGUGAGGUUGAAAGACCUUAUAAAAACAUGCGGGAAUACACGGGUAUUGAUCGUGAGAGAGUCGAGAGAAUGGAAGCUCGUUUAAAGGAAGACAUCCUUCGAGAAGCUGAACAUUAUGGAGGUGCUAUAAUGGUUAUUCAUGAAACAAAUGAUGGACAGAUAAUUGAUGCUUGGGAGCAUGUGAGUUUUGAUGCUAUUCAGACACCACUUGAGGUUUUCAAAAACUUGGAGGCUGAUGGUUUUCCCAUAAAAUAUGCCCGCGUGCCCAUCACUGAUGGUAAAGCUCCCAAAAGUUCUGAUUUUGACACACUGGCAGUGAAUAUUGCUUCUGCUUCCAAGGAUAAUGCUUUUGUUUUCAAUUGCCAGAUGGGUAGAGGAAGGACAACUACUGGUACAGUAAUUGCUUGCCUUCUGAAACUUCGAAUUGAUUAUGGAAGACCUAUAAAAAUCUUGCGUGAUGAUAUGGCCAAUGAAGAGGAGAAUGGUGGUACUUCAAGUGGUGAGGAAGCAGGAGGUAGCGUUGCUGAAUUAACCUCCUGUACUACAAAAGUAAGAUCUGAAAAGAAGCAAGGUCGGGUUUUUGGCAUAAAUGACAUCCUUUUGUUGUGGAACAUAACAAGAUUAUUUGAUAAUGGGGUGGAGUGCCGAGAGGCCUUGGAUGCUAUUAUUGAUAGAUGUUCUGCGCUGCAGAACAUACGACAAGCGGUUCUGAAAUAUAGAAAGGUAUUCAAUCAACAGCAUGUUGAACCUAGGGAAAGGAAGCUUGCAUUGAACCGUGGUGCUGAGUACUUGGAGCGGUACUUCCGUUUAAUUGCUUUUGCAGCAUAUCUUGGAAGUGAAGCAUUUGAUGGGUUUUGUGGGCAAGGAGAAUCCAGAAUGAAAUUUAAGAAUUGGUUGCAUCAGAGACCAGAGGUCCAAGCAAUGAAAUGGAGCAUAAGAUUAAGACCAGGGCGAUUUUUCACUAUCUCUGAGGGCUUGAGAGUACCACAGGAGUCCCAACAUGGUGAUGCGGUGAUGGAUGCCCUUGUUAAGUCCCGUAAUGGUUCUGUUUUAGGGAAAGGCUCUAUACUUAAAAUGUAUUUCUUUCCUGGUCAAGGAACUUCCAGCCACAUACAGAUUCAUGGUGCACCACACGUUUACAAGGUAGAUGGAUUCCCUGUGCAUAGCAUGGCAACUCCUACAAUUGCUGGGGCAAAAGAGAUGUUAGCAUAUUUAGGUGCCAAGCCUAAACCAGAAGGAUUAGUUGCUCCUAAAGUAAUAUUAACGGAUCUGAGAGAAGAAGCAGUUAUUUACAUCAAUGGCACACCAUUUAUCUUAAGAGAGCUAAAUAAGCCUGUUGAUAUGCUCAAGCAUGUGGGAAUCACUGGGCCAAUGGUGGAACACAUGGAGGCAAGACUAAAAGAAGAUAUAUUAUCCGAGGUCAGACAGUCUGGUGGACGGAUGCUUUUGCAUCGUGAAGAAUAUAACCCGGUAAUAAAUCAAUCCAGUGUUAUAGGAUACUGGGAAAACAUUUUAGCAGAUAACGUGAAGACUCCUGCUGAAGUAUAUGCUGCUCUGAAAGAUGAGGGUUAUAAUAUUACAUAUAGGAGAAUACCAUUGACUAGAGAAAAAGAUGCUUUAGCUUCUGAUGUUGAUGCAAUCCAGUACUAUAACAAUGAUACUGCAGGGUGUCACCUUUUUGUAUCACACACCGGGUUUGGAGGAGUUGCAUAUGCGAUGGCAAUACUUUGCAUUAAACUCAGCACAGAGCCUAACUUUGGAUCUAAAAUUCCAGAGUCAUCUGUUGAUACAAAACUACUUUCUGGGAAUGAAGAGAACUUGCCUUCUCAAGCUUCUGAUGCAGAAGCUCACGAGAUGGGUGAUUACCGUGACAUACUAAGCCUUACAAGAGUACUUGUGCAUGGUCCCCAAAGCAAAGCAGAUGUUGACAUCAUUAUUGAAAGGUGUGGGGGUGCAGGGCAUUUACGAGAUGAUAUUCUCUAUUACAGUAAGGAACUUGAGAAGUUCCCAAAUGGUGAUGACGAACACCGAGCUUACCUUAUGGAUAUGGGUAUUAAGGCUUUAAGCCCUAUCGACAAUCCAGCAAACUAGGAAAGUGAUCUGAACAAACUCGAGGCAAAUGCUGUUGACACAGCUCUGGAAAGUGAGCCUCCCAAGAAGGAGAGACAAGAAAUCUAUCCAAUCGCGACCAACCCGACUACUGGACCACGUGAACUUGCCCCCAACAAGAGGGAGAUCCAUGAGAUCCAAGUCAAAGAUGAACUCAAAAAACUCCUCCAUAGCCAAGGAAAUUUGAGGUUGCCUUGAUCGCUCCCUAGGAAAGCGAGUAAUAUUGAAAUCCCCACUCAUAUACCCCGACACAUCCCAUAGAUAAUAUAAACCCACCAGCUCCUCCCAAAGAAGUCUCUUAUCACUAUCCCAAUUUGGCCCAUAAGUGCCUGCAUAAGACCACUCCUACCCAUCCUCAACAUUUUUAAAUACACUAGAAAUUGAGAAAUUCUCAAUACGCUCCUCGACAAACUCCACCACUCUUCUAUCCCACGUUAGAAGAACACCACCUGAAGUUCCCAAAGAUGCCAAGUAAGACCAUCCCAUGAAAGGACACCCCCAUAGACUCCGAAUGAUGCUUCUAGCGAUAAAACGUAACUUUGUUUCUUGAAAACACACAAUAUCAAUCUUCCAUGUCCGCAAUAAAGAUUUUAUGUGAAGGUGCUUGUUACAAUCAUUAAGCCCCCUCACAUUCCAAGAUAGGGUCUUAGGCUUCAUGAGCAAAAGGAGGCCCCCUCCCUUUCAAUAUGUCCCUUCUGUCACUCCCCUCCUUUGCAUCAUACUUAAUAGGACAUUUGAGUCUUCUUAGUUCCCAUCUCUGUUUGAAGCUGAUUUUGAAACACGACGAACUUCAAUAGCGAUAAACCUCAGCAAUUGUGUCUAACGGCAUUCACUGGCUGGCUCGUUCUAUUCCACUUUCUGUGAACUAUUCCCCUUUCACUAACAGCCCUUUCUUUGGGUACAUUGUGCUUAUUUAGAUCAUAGAACUCAUUAUUAAUUAUCAUUAAUUGAGUGUGUGGUUUGCGGAUAUGGUUUGCUUAUCUUGCAUGGCAGCACCUGAUGACUUUUCUCAAGAGUGAGCAUCGGUUUUUAGUGCUGCUAUGUUUGGAUACAGUAGAAAUUUUGUUGAGUAUUUGAGAUGUGUUUUGUUGGUUUGACUACUAGAUGUGGUUAGCAGUAUCUGUGGUCUUCAUGUUCGUAGAAAGAAGAGAUGGUUGGCAUCUCCCCUGACAGGGACGGGAACUCCAGGCUUACCUGUUACCACACAUAUGUUUAAGGCUCCUCACCUUCCAUGGUGGAUUUUAUACCCAAUUUUUAACAUAUCAGAAAAAAAUCUGUGGUCUUCAAUCCAAAAGCACUUCAAGUGGAAUGAUAUCUAGUUAUCCUCACUUUCCAUCGACAGUCACAAAUUGUCCACGUUUUAUCUGAGGGGUAUAGCUUCUAAUUUUCCACCCUCCCUAGGUCAUGUUAGGGAUGAGUAGAAAAUGUCUCUGGUAUAGUACUUUGAGUGCAAGAAUGGAUAUAAUUUAAUGUUUGUGUUAGCUUAUAUACUGAUAAUUUUCUUUUUCUUUUCUUAUAAUGUUGUUAUGGUUAAACGAAUUCUUUUGUUGUAUUUUCUCCUAGUGUUGCUGCAUGAUUUGUGUGCUUUCCUCCAUCCUGCAGGCGUUAUUUUU